AUGUCUGUUGCCGCCCACUACGUCGCCGCCGCCGUCCCCGACGCCCGCUAUGCCAACCACUACGACCCCGUCCCGUUCUUCUCCUACGCCCAGCCCUCACUCAACGCCGUCGCCAACGACGCCCAGUACACCCUCGGCACCGGCUCCUCCGGCGCCGCCUAUGUUUGGGACGCGCACGAACCCGCCGUCCAAUCACCGUCCUCGUACUCCUCUGCUUCCGCGAACGCCUACCACUCCGCCGCCGCCCCGCCGGCCUCGUCCGGCCACUCCUCCGUAACCGCGUCCUUUGCCUACAACGCCCCGCCCGACUACGCCUCCCACCGCUCCUUCUCCUCCAACGUCUCCCGCGCAGCCCCCUCGCACCACCCCAACGCGUCCACACCCUCGUCGUCGUCGUCAGCAGCGGCCACUGCACGCGGCUCGUCGUCUAGCCACCGUGGCAGUUCGUACUCGUCCGGCGCCCGGUCGUACUCGUCGCUCGCCGCCGCCGCAACCACCAACGCGUCCAACUCCACCUCCUCGACCCCCCGUCUCCAAAAUGCCUCCUGGGACAACGCCGCGCUGUACACCAUAGACCCUGCCGACCCGGUGUCCCACUCGCCCUCCCAACAGCACGCAUACAGCCGCGGCUCGACGACGUCCUCCGUCCCCGCGACGCCCGUCUCGCCCCCGAUCAAGGAGGAAGACCCGGAGGGCGAGUUCAUCAUCGAGGUCUCCGUGCCCGCCGACCCCGUCCCCAGCUCGAUGCCCGAGGUGCCCCUCCGCGCGACGCACGCCCCGCCGAAAAUGCGCAGCAUGAUGUGCUCGUUCCGCCUCGAGAGCUUCGCGAUGCACGACGGCAUCCGCUCCGCCGCGACGCAGCCGGGUCCGGGGGGAAUCGUCGUCGGGCCGCUCAGGGAGCAGCCGAUCGAGUUCGAGUGGCAGGCAGACCUCGUCGAGCCGCUUAUUCCCCAGGAGGAGGACGCGUACCGGUACGGCGUGACACAGGGAAAGGCGCGCGCACAGGUCGGGUACGGGGCGGCCCACUCGCCCCCGUCCCCGAGGAGAACGGGCGGCGGGAAUGAAGGUAUGAUGAGGAGCCCACGCACGGGCAGGACGAGGGCGGAUUCCUACACGGCGGCGGGGACGGCGUCCCCCGCGCUCAGCCUUGACUACCCCCAGCAAGUUGACAGCGGGGACGCGUGGGACGCGUCUUCCGGGUACGGUUCCGUUGCGGACAACGGCUCUGGGAGCGGAGCGACGUCGGCGAGUCCGACGUUUGCCCCAAUCAUGACCCCCGCGCAGUCGCUGGGCUGGAGUCUCCGCUACCAGUCCGGGGACGUCGACGGGACGGUGGAGUCUUCGGCCGGGUACCAUCGGCAGCAGACCGUCACACAGCCAUCCCUGUCCCGCGUUUCGCAGUCGACGAGCCGCUACGGAAUGUAUGGCGGCUCGAGCAGCGUGGCGAAGACGUACCAGCCCGAGCAACAAGCACAUUACGGGUACGACAGCAGCGGAUACCCCCGUAGCAGCGGCGGCGGAUCGAGCUCGGGCAGGUACAACGCGGAGGUGUACGCGUCCUCCGGCUCGUCCUCGUCGUGGUACCUUCGGAGCGGUGCUGAUUGGGGCGUUGUUUAG